CCUGCCCCAUGGAGUGUCCUGUGAAGGAUGGGAUCCUGUAUGUCCAACAUCUCAAGUUUGGGAAGAAGAUUUGGAGGAAAGUGUGGGCCCAGCUGUUUGCUGAUAGCCCCUCUGGUGUUGCGCGGCUUGAGUACUUUGAAGUACGUGAAGGUGUCGCAGCAGAGAAGGCAACCCUGCGCAAGGGUGAAUGCAAAGUGAUCCGCCUCUCGGACUGUGUCUCUGUGGAACGGGCAAGCGAACACAGUUCACCCAAGGACACGGCACCCUUCUACUUGCGCAUGAUGGCACGCAACUACAUUAUGGCAGCAGAUGAACCAGAUGACUGGAUAGAAUGUGUCUGCCAACUGGCUUUUCAGAGAACUCCUGCUUCAUCGAGCACAGUUGGAGAUACUCCCAAGCUGAAGCCCCAGAUGGAGGAGAAUGUCAUCUACUCAUCUUGGCGGGAAACCUGUGCGUUCCCAGUUGUGGUGUUCCAUACAGAGGCUUCUUCAAGGUGUCGCCUGAAAGGGAACUACCUUCUGGUGACUUUCUCUGAACGCCUGGAGCUGAAGGACCCCCAGUCUGGACAGAUUCUGUAUACCUGGCCUUAUGCCCUCCUCCGUAGAUACGGCCAGGACAAGACUGUGUUUUCUUUUGAGGCAGGGCGCCGCUGUGAUUCAGGAGAAGGUGUCUUUACUUUUAACACCAUUCAGGCUGCAGAGGUCUACAGGGUUGUCUCAGCUGCCAUAGACCACCAAAAAGCCACUCUUCUUGAAGCAGAAAAGAAAACUGGGAUUUCCCCAACUCAAGACUGUACACAGAAAGUGGGAGUCUGGUCAUGGCCCACCACCAUGGAAAGCCUGGAGGAGAUGCAGGCAUUGUAUGCAGGAAUUCCAAAGGGGACGGUGGAAAUGGGGCCCCCAAUUGUGCCUUGUAAGUCAGAGAUGGGGACUCCUGAGCCACCCAUCAUUUAUGCCUCUAUUGGCAAGAGUUUUUUCCAGCCCUGGACUGAGACAGUACCCAAGGAGCAUGGAGAGCAGGUCUCAGAUCAUCUCUAUGAAAACCUGUGUGCUCGAGAGCAACGUACCUUCUCUCCAAGUUCUCCUAAUGUCCCCUACAGAGAUUCCUUGGAGGCUAGGGACAGUGAUCUAUCACCCAUCUAUGACAACAGUCCUGUAACAACAACACGCUCAAGUAGCCAUCCUGGCUUGAACCCCAGCGCAGAGGCCGAUCCUUCCUCAGAAAGCCAGUACCACCACUCGCUGCUUUGUCAGGCAACGGCGGGCAGAGUUGAAGAUGAAGGGGAGGUCCCGGUGAAUAAUAAGCCGAAGACUAGAGGAACUGGUGCUUUGAAGCACAAGUUGGUUUCCCUGUUAAGCAGAGAUGGAGGAAUCCCAAAGGCAUCUAGCAAGAGUAUUAAUCCUGUGGACAAGUUGUAAUGAACCCUUCACCUGCAAGGGUUUGUGUCCCAUAGGGUAUGAAGUCUCUUCCAUUCAUUCCCCCCACCCCUGUGCAUUAUUAUCUUUGAAGCCUUGACAGGAAUGGUUUUUGAUCCACAGUCUCUUAGACCAGAUAGUGGUCUUGGGGAUGAGGUGAACUAAAACAUCCCUUUCCCACUGAAUCAUUCUUGGAUAGUUAGAGAUGGGAGUGGGGAUUGUCCUUGUAGCUGAAUCAGUGGAUAUAAAGGAAACUGGGGGGCUGGAUGGAUGUGUAUUGGUUGGAAUU